AUGUCAACCGCAGCGCACGCUCGCGGUAUGCAUUCAAGCUUUCUGCCGGCUCUGUUCGUCACCGCGUUCUUCAUUCUCGAAGUCAAUGCAUACCGGGGCAAUGUAUGUUGCAGACAAGCAGCACGCUUACCAGAGAAGAGAAUGUUAUUCAACGGAUCCGAACCGUGGAAGGCCUGUAGCCUGAACUCCACCGAUCAGUACCCCGAGGGAACGACAUUCCCAUCGGUGAACCAUACAAUGGCCUGGUGUCAAAAGACCUGUCCUGGAAUACAGACCAGCGAGCUCAAACAGUGGCUUCAGCCGCUUGCAACGUGGUUUGCUCCAUACGUUGCUCUCCUUCUACUCUGCCCUAUAGGGGGCUCGGUGCUCGGAAAAGAAGGAGAAGACCAGGGACACGACUCUAGCUUUCUUAGAACCAGUCGACCGAGACCGGGUUUACUCAGGAGAGCCAGCCGCCAUGUUUUUCUGAUGUUCAGAGAUAUAUCUGAAUUUCUUCUACACCAGAUUAAAGACAAGGUACCGGAAUAUGGAUCCAUUCUAGGCGACCCCAGCAGUGCUUUGGCAGGAACCUUUUUUGAGAUCCAUGCCGAUCUCGUCGGAACCACUGAAAAGGGUACAAAAAUCAUCGAAGAUGCCGUAUCUACCAAAGACACUCAGCGGGAUGAUCUCCAGCAGCGUCACAUCCGGCAGAUGAUUGUACUGGUUGGAGACUUAAACCAUCAUGACAGCCUCAGCUCUCUUAACCCGCCAACCAAAGAUACAGUUGACGACGUGAAGAAGAGAUUAUUCGACGCCAAGGAUAACCAAAUCGAGACAGCAAUGGCGAUUUUGGUCGCCGCCAGACUUAACUUCUUCAAUGGCGUUUUCAUGCCAGUCAUCCUUACGCUGGCUGUUGUCGCAUCCGUCUUCUACGAAGCUUACACCAAGCUGGGAGACAAUGAUACCGCUCAUGGACUAGCAUUUGGUGUUUGGUUCUCGUGGCUGCUAGUGCUCGCUGUGGCAAGCAACUGCUUUGCGUGUAGCCUCAACGGUGGGGUUGUUCGAGCAACGCUCACGCCAUUCAUGGGGUUGUCGGAGAGCCGUGUGCCGCUUCGGGAGCGGUUCAUCAACUCAAAACUAUGGCUCCACUGGAUGGAACCUUCCAACGUUUCUGCAUUGGUCAACGUUGAAUCUACAUUAAUCUUGCCGACCUCGACGUGGGCGAAGUUUCUGGUCGGUCAGUUGCUCGGCUGGGCCCUCGUUGCGUUGACCACCGCUUCCGCCGCCGCAAUAUCGUACACAACACCCACCGUCGGUCUCGGCUGCCGUUCGUUCACCUUCUUGCUAUGGGGCAUACUCGCUCUUGCAACCGCCAUCGUUCGCGUGGGAGCCAACUGGGCCGAACUACAGCACAAGCUGUCUCAACGUAGCGUUGUCGGGACAGCGCUGAUUUGGAUUUACUGGGUCCUCACUACCAUUAACGCCUUGGUUCUCUUCAUCGGUACGAUUCUGCAUCUCGCUGGAGUGUUCAGAAGCUGCAGAUGCAAACGUCUCUUUGUUGGCGGCCUGUUCCAGGUCGAGCUGAACAGCAACACGGUGCUUGCAGUGGAAAACGCGAAGAAAAUCUGGCUACCUGUCGGAUACAUGGCUUUCGGUGUUAUAUGGAUUGUGUGCGGUUUAGUCAUUGCUGCACGGAAGUGGAUCACCGCUCACAUGGAGAAAUGGGCAGUCGAGGACCGUCAGUCCAAAGGGCAUACCCGGUCUUCUGAUCCACCAGUGGAUGUAGAAAUUGUGUCCCCUGAUAAGGGGUGA